GAAGAGAAGCAAAACAACCCCACCACGAUUAGCUUAGUUUGAACUCCUUCUGCUUAGAUGUUUCGUAAGGAAAACGCCCUUUCAUCGAUCAUCGGCGAGGUUACAAUCUUUGUUUCAAGUCAGUGUUCAAAAGUCAUUAGUUGAUCUUAGCUGGUGUACACGACAUGCAGCAGGGUUCGAUCGCGCACCUCAGGCAGUUGUCCCCGUCAACGCAGCGCACCGAUUCCGGGAGGCUACCCCAAGCUGGCGCGAAGAUGGAUGCGCUUGGCCAACAUACAGACAUGAAUCACAAGCAAGCCUGCAUCGACCUGGAGAAGGCCACCCAGUACAUCACACAAGCAUUACAGCAUGAAGUAGGUCGAAACCAGGAGCUCUGUAUGCUGAUUCGUCGUCUGGAGGAAACGGAGGCGGAGACUGGGCGGAGCUUAACAGAGCAGGUGGAGUCAAACAAGCAGCUGAAGCUGAAGAUCGAUGAGUUGUAUAAACACCUGGGAGAGAAGGACCACUCACUGGCACAGGCCAAUCAGACUGUGGCUUCCUUGAAGAUUCAGCUAAGGGGCUUGAAUCAACAUCGGCAAAGCCAGCAAAGUCAGCAAAGUAAUAGCUCUCCUCUCCAAUCAGAUCAGCUGACGGCAGCUGAGGAGCCGCUGGUCUGGUCACUACAGCUGGAGUCACCUGACGUUCACAUUCCACCGGUCACGUUAGACGGUCAGUUUCCACUGAUGUCCUCUGACGGUCAAAUUCCGCUGAUCUCGUCUGACGGUCAAAUUCCGCUGGUCUCGUCUGACGGCCAAAUUCCACUGGUCUCAGGGAUAAAAGAAGAAAAUGCUCAUGGAUUUGAACAGUGCAAUCAAUAUGAAACGACUGAAACAUUUCUACGCACCGCUAUUAACGAUGUCCUGCCUGACCUUCCGGAAGAGUCAAAAGACGUACUGAAAGAAACCUUACAAUCCCUGGGCGUGGAGGCCGAUGGCGAUCUUCAGCUUAUUGAGGAGGCGGAUUUGUUGCCGUCCUUAAGACCUAUUCAAGCCCGAAGGCUGGUGGCUGUCUGGAAACAGAAAUGCCAGGCUCUUGAAUGUAGCGGAUCGUCUCUCGAGGCCUCAUCGGGUCGUCUCCCGUCCUUGCCGUUCUCUUCGCCCAGAAGCUCCACCUCCACGUCCUCCAGCAGCUGCGGAAGCGGGAGCGCUGGCACAGACUGGGCGAACAACGCGUUCCCCGUCCCGUGGGAGAAAUUCCCGGAGGAGCUGACGCAGGCGUUGGAGACGGACACUCGUCCGAGUCCGCAAAUGAGGAGGGAGAUGGUCAGGAUCGUAGUGCGGGAAAUGAUGGCCAAAACACCCUGCGUUACUAAACGAAACGUCACCGACGUGGGCAAGGCGAUGGUAGCCAAGUACCCGAAGUCUCUGCAGGACGUCUUUGAGGGCGACGUGAUCGGGUCGGGAUACCACUCCCUUGUGAAGCAACUGCAGAAUAGAAUUGAGAAUGCGAAGCGAUACACAGCCCCGAAGAUACGGAAAAGACGAUGUCACGCCGGUGAGUGUGACACGGAUGAAGCUCCUCCGGAAAAGAGAGCCGUGCUGCAGGACACGUACGGCUGCAUCAACUGGGAUCCAAAACUCCUGCCCCUCGGAGAGACCGACGACAGCCAACAGCGGAACAAGGAAAAGCUUAAAACGCUGUCUCUACAAACCGAUCCAAAUCCGGACGAAGUGAAACGACUCAUGAGGUCAACCUUCUACUCGCAGCGCAAACAGGUCAACCAAGGGAAAGACAUCAGACACCUCUUGGAAGAGUGGCCAUUUUGGUUCGACGAAAUUGGCAUGUCAGUCCACUUCACAGAGCUUACCGGAGCUGACCUAAAGGAAACAUUCAUUCGGAAUGUCGAGAUGAAGGGCAAACGACUCCUGAACUACUUGAGAACUGUCGGCGUGAAGAAGAGCAAGUUCCUGCCAGCUUUAAUGAAGUUCCGGUUGAUGAGGGGAGAGCUGACCGGCUGCACAGAAGACGCCAAAGAGCUAGUGCUACUUCUACUGUCCUACUUUGACGAAAAGGAAGACCUGAUGUUCUGCUAUGUGGAGGAAUCAUGCCAGGCAGAGGAGCUGCAGAUGACGCAAGUUCCCUUGACGCCCACCAUUGUAGUGUGUGGACAGAACUGUUUUUCCUCAAGCCGCUUUAUGCUGAGUGUGGAUCGGACUAUUGUGAAUGACAACAUCUCCUGCUUCACAUCGGCCCUCAGCUUGAUGUUUGGCUCCUACUUCUGCUUUAACAUUCAUUACCCAGCCAAGCUGGCGUCAACACUGGAGUUUGUGCAGAGGUGUUUUUAUUCAGUCAAUCCACAGAAGGGAACCAAAGUGGCGAAGACCAACACAUCCCAUCAAAUGAACCCCCGUGUUCUCACCCUGAUUCAGGACCUCUCAGACCAGGAUUGGCUUCAUGUCUAAUCAGUCUCACGCUCAUGAACCCCCGUGUUCUCACCCUGAUUCAGGACCUCUCAGACCAGGAUUGGCUUCAAGUCUAACCAGUCUCACACUGACUCACACAAGUCUCACGCUCGCUCACACAGUGUUUUGUGUGAUGAACCUCCGAGUUCUCGCUGUCAUUCAGGACCUCUCAGAAUGUUAAGACUUUAAGCCACUCGACAUGGUCCAAGUCUCACUCUCACUCACACGUAUUCCAUCUCACUCUCACAUAUUCCAUCUCACUCACACAUAUUCCAUAUCACUCACACAUAUUCCGUCUCACUCACACAUAUUCCAUAUCACUCACACAUAUUCCGUCUCACUCUCACACAUUCCGUCUCACUCACACAUUUUCCAUCUCACUCACAUAUUCCAUUUCAGUCUCACAUAUUCCAUCUCACUCACACAUAUUCCAUCUCACUCACACACAUAUUCCAUCUCACUCACACAUAUUCCAUCUCACUCACACAUAUUCCAUCUCACUCACAUAUUCCGUCUCACUCACACAUAUUCCAUAUCACUCACACAUAUUCCAUUUCAGUCUCACAUAUUCCAUCUCACUCACACAAAUAUUCCGUCUCACUCACAUAUUCUGUCUUACUCACAUAUUCCAUCUCACUCUCUCUAUAACCAU